AAUUGAAUUACAACAUAAUUACAGGGAAUUUUUUAGUUCUCAACCAUACCCUUCCACCUUCUUCCGUAUCCGCGCAGCAGACCUUCUUCCAUAUUCCGGACAGACCUUCGGCUUCCCCCAUCUCCCAUAACACAUAACAGAUCGUCAGGUAUGUACCGCAGACCUUCCCUAUAUUUCGCAAAGCCGUUUGUGUGCCCGGCCAGUACACUGUUUAAAACCGACCAAGGAAUAUGAUUUUGACUGACCAUACUGUAUCAAGCACCGUUUUGAUCACAUUGUUAAACCCUACUUUAAUCUCCUGAACGUCGAAUCUUGAUUGUAGUAGCAUGGAGGUCGAAGAAGCAGCGAUGAUUGUGAUCAGGUCAAAGAGGCCCACCUUCCGAAAUCCUCAUGACAAGGUGGCCUUUGCCGUCCACGCUUCAUUUAUUGCUUCUGGCUUUGUUACCCUCGCCACUGGCGCCCCUGUUUUUUGUGAUGAUCCCUUCUCUUCAUCCUCCAGCGGUGAGGUCGGUAUCGAUCACUGGAAUGAUUUUGAGGAUAAAUACGCCUUCAUUUAUUCACACCGUGAGAGAAGGUCAAAGAAGGUGUUAAUUAAGUGCCUUGCAAUGAAUGACAAACUCCUUGUUGAUGCAUUGGGGGAGGGUGAUAAUGAGCGUCAUCAUCUCGAACUGAACAUUCAGGACUAUGUUGAUAACGGAGAUGCCGAUUACGAAACCCACUAUAAGAAUUUCAGUAAGCUAGUUGAAGAAAUUACAACAAAAAUUUCAAACAAUUACAAGGUCUCUUCAGCAGUGAAAUCUUCCACUCAAGCAUCAAG